AUGGAGAGGCGGCUGCCCGCGCGGCGGAGGCUGCGCUCCCGCCUCCCUCCCCCUCUUCCCGCCUGGGCUCCCCGGGCCUCGUCGGAACUCGGCCGGGGACACCUCCCUCCUCCCCUCCGGCCGGGGCCGGGCUGGGGCCGCCCCGGAGGCUGGCUGGGAUGGCGGGAGCCCAGCGAACGCCAGGGUGGGGCGGGACGGGGCGCGCGGGGUCUUCGCCCCGGGGGGUGCCUGGGGCCGGGCUCCGGCUCGGAGCUGCCGCCCUCCGCCGCGCCCGAGCCAGGUGGAGCCCCUCCGCGGCCCGGUCACCCGAGGCGGGGACCCCGGGCGGAUGGCGGCGGGGCCGCGUCCCUCGGCCGCCGGGCGCCUCCCUCCUGCCCGCCCGGCUGCCGCGUGUCCGGCCGCCACCCCCGCGCCCGGGGCGCCCCUCCAGCCGCCUUAGGCGCCGGAAUUCAGGCGGAACUCGGCGUGGGCCCUGCCCGGGGACGCUGCCCCGCGGCCGGCGCUGGCCGGGACCGGCUCCCCGGAGCCCGCUCCGCGCCCGGGUGGGGAAGCGGCCUGGCGCGGGGCAGGUGCGGCGGGCGCGAGGGCGGCGGGGCGGGGGAGCCCCGAGGGGCCGGGCGCGGCGGGCCGCCGUCUCCAGCUGUCCCGCGCCGAGCGGACAAUGGGAGGCGGCGGGAGAGGGGGCCGACGGGGGCGCCGGGGCUUCCCGAAGAGGACAAACUAAAGAGCCGGGCGGGCCGGCCCCCGCGGGCGGGCUCGGCUGUCGGGCGCUCCGAGGGGCGCCGCACGGGGGGGGGGGGGUCGGCCGUCACCUGGGCCUCGCUCCGGGGCCGAGGCUCGGGGGGAGGAGGCUCGGCGAUCAAAAGGGGGCGAGCUACGGGCCCGGGGGACCGGGAGCGGGGCUGCGUCCGCGGGCCGGUGUCCAGCGUGUGGGCUGCCCGCCCCGCAGCCUGCCAGGGCCGAACGGAGGCGCGCGGCGCCGGUUCCCGCACCAACCGGUGGCCGGGCCGCGAGCCGCGCCGCCGCCGGCCGGGCGCGCGCCGGGCCGGAUAUAAGGCGGGGCGCGGCGGCCUCGCGGGUGGGAGCUGUGCGCGCGGCCCUGCGGCCCUGCGGGACGGCCGGGAGCCGGGCGCGCCCGGAGGCGGCCCGCGGAACCUGCCCUGGGAGCCGGGCCGAGGCGGGGCCCGCGCGGCCCGGUCGGGAAGAGCCGCGGAGCUCCCCGCGCCUGCCGGCCCGGAUCGGGUGCGGCCGCCGCUGGAGCCGCUGCGCGCAGCAUCUUUGUCUCCGCUGCCUCUCGGGAAGUUUGCGGUCGGAAACAGGAGGCCCCGCGCGCCCCGGGCUCCGGCUCUGAGCGGCCGCUGGCUGCGCCCCGGCGCGCGCCCCCACCGCCUUCGGUUCUCCGGAGCGCCCGCCCGGCUGCAGAGAGCCAGACUCAAGCCUCCGCUCCACCAGGGUGAGCAGGAAGACUCCACCGAGUUCAUCGUGCUCACCUUCCUCUCCAUGGCCUGCAUCGCGGCCGUGCUUUUGGCCUCGGGCCUGCUCUACUGCCUGCGCCAUGGCUCACACCGCAAGCUCAAGGAGAAGCUGUCUGGCCUGGGGGCCGGCCCCAGCACCGAUGCCACCGCCGCCUACCAGGAGCUGUGCCGCCAGCGCAUGGCCGCCCGGCCGGCCGGCCGCCCCGAGGGCCCGCACGCGUCCCGCAUCAGCAGCGUCUCUUCCCAGUUCAGCGAUGGGUCGAUGCCCAGCCCAUCCGCACGAAGCAGCGUCUCGUCCUGGUCUGAGGAGCCGGUCCAGUCCACCAUGGACAUCUCCACCGGCCACAUGGUUCUGGCCUACAUGGAGGACCACUUGAGGAACAAGAACCGGCUGGACCAGGAAUGGGAGGCACUGUGCACCUACCAGGCAGAGCCCAACAGCUCACUCGUGGCCCAGAGGGAGGAGAACAUGCCCAAGAACCGGUCGCUGGCCGUGCUGACUUAUGACCACGCCAGGAUCCUGCUGAAAGCGGAGAACAGCCUCAGCGGUUCUGACUACAUCAACGCCAGCCCCAUCAUGGACCAUGACCCCAAGAGCCCCGCGUACAUCGCCACCCAGGGACCGCUCCCCGCUACCGUGGCCGACUUCUGGCAGAUGGUGUGGGAGAGCAGCUGUGCCCUCAUCGCCAUGCUGACACCGCUGGCUGAGAACGGCGUCCGGCAGUGCCACCACUAUUGGCCGGACGAGGGCUCCAACCUCUACCACAUCUACGAGGUCAACCUGGUCUCUGAGCACAUCUGGUGUCAGGACUUCCUGGUGAGGAGCUUUUACCUCAAGAACCUGCAGACCAACGAGACGCGCACCGUGACCCAGUUCCACUUCCUGAGCUGGCACAACCAGGGUGUCCCCUCCUCCACAAGGUCGCUCCUGGACUUCCGCAGAAAAGUAAACAAGAGCUACAGGGGCCGUUCUUGUCCAAUAAUUGUUCAUUGCAGUGACGGCGCGGGCCGGAGCGGAACCUACAUCCUGAUUGACAUGGUUCUCAAUAAGAUGGCCAAAGGGGCGAAGGAGAUUGAUAUCGCAGCAACCCUGGAGCACCUGCGGGACCAGAGACCAGGCAUGGUCCAGACAAAGGAGCAGUUUGAGUUUGCGCUAACAGCCGUGGCAGAGGAGGUGAACGCCAUCCUGAAGGCCCUUCCCCAGUAGGCCCAGGCAGAGCCCCGCUGGGGCCCCACGCUGCCCCAGCUCGCUGUCCUGUGCUGUUGGCAGAGUCUUCAGAUUCCCACGGUCCACCAGAUGACCAGUCCCUGUAUAUUCCGUGGAAAUACCCGGUUAGGACGGCGGGGGACUCAGCGCAUCAGUUUUCAUCAUCUUGUAAAGAAAAGGAAGCGUUCCCUCCCUACAGCACCAUCCACAUCCGCCCGCAGUCUGUCGCGCAUCGUAGUGCAUUCCCACAGCCCCACAGAGCGCUCCCUGCUCUGCCUCCAUGGAGGCAGAGCCCGCGGAGGUCCCAGGUGCGGUGCCCCGCUGGGCAUGGCCUCUAAGGUGACGUCAUCCGAGAGCCUCCUGGGGCAGGACUUCGCUCUGGGGUGGAGGCCGGCACGGCCUGGUCCCUGCCUUGCUCCGCAGCACUGCGGCGGCCAUGUCCACCCUCAGGCGGGAGGAGGGCUCCCCACGGGCGGCCCCGCACCCGGGCCGGGCCUGGCCUGGUGGCCUCCGCCUUGCAGGUCACGGUGAGCCUGCCACGGGGCAGCUCUGACAUGAGAACCCCAGGUGGCUUUCCCCGGAGGUGCCCAAGGCAGAGCAGCGUGGCGUCUGGCUACCCCGGGACCCCGCAGCGCCCCGUCUGGAAUUGGCCCUCCAGGGAGCCCCAGAGAAGGUUCCGGUACGCCUCCUGGAGAAAAGUUCUGGAAACACAGCAGGUGCAGCCAUGCUGCGCACAGCCCCCGCGCGGCUCCUCCGGCUCACCCCUGCGCGGCCGCACUGACCCCCGCCGCCCCCAGUAGGACGGUCACCUCGUUAUUCUCAGAGCUGGAGCAGACGGGAGCCAGGGCGUCGCCGUGGACCAGGGGUUCGGCAGCGGGCACCGAGCAGCGGGGGGCAUGGACCCCACGCUGCCGUGUCCUGCGGGGCCGUCUGCCUGCUGGAGCCCCCUCACCUCCUCUUCCAAAGCUGCCCCCGCCGGGACUGAGUAACAAUCCAUAGACGUGAUUUAUCUGCAUAGAGGAAGCAUCUACCUGCUUGUCAUUUCUCACUCCUUAGGUUCCAGAAGAAAUCCUCUAGUGUGAGACAGAACUCUA